AUGUGGCUGGUGUUAAGCAAAUCAACGAUGAGCAAAGGGGAGCAAGAAUUGAUGCCUGCUGGAAAAAGCAACGAACAAGGAAAUCGGCAUGAGGUUGAUCGCUAUCGUGAUCAGCAGAAAGGAGAUGAAUUUGAUGAGGAUUUCUGGAUUAAGGUAAUGAAAUUAUUUUGCUAUGUUAUAAAUCCUUUAUCGACUGAGUUUGAAUUAUUUAAACAGGUUCAUCAGAUGCAGAACGAGGGGUUUUCAUGGAACAGAGCUAUGGAUCAAGUUCAUGUUGAAAGAGUGAUUCAAAAAUACAAGGACGGUGGGGAACUAGUCAGUGAGGAUCCAGCGCUGUUGAUGUUGAAAAAGUGGCCAGUAUCUAAACAGUACAAAGAUGAUCCUGACAAACUUCUUGGACUUGAACAACAGGUUGGUACUCAUAAGCUUUAUUUGCAGGAACUUGUCUUUCUUCUAACCAGCUUAUCAAGACAAUUUUUGGUAAAUACGUCAUUUUAACAAAUUUUAUAGUGGAAAAUUAAAUCUUUGAUAUGUGUUUUAUAGAUAAAUCGAUACUUGGAGAUUCUUUUAGAAAGUGAACUUAACUCUGAGAACAGAUACGAGGAAUUCCAAGACGAAGAUGACAAAACAAGCAAGACCCUAAUGCACUAUGCAGCAGAGCUUGGCUUUUUACAUGUCACAAAAACGCUUGUGAAGAAAUGUCCUCUGCUACUCGCUGUUAAGACAGCAGAUCAACGGAAACCUGUAGAAAAAAGAGCUAUGUUGCCAGUGGAAUUGGCGAUAGAGGCAGAGAAGGAUGAUGUUGCAGCAUUUUUGAUUAGAACUAUGUGGCAUGAAAGGUAGACACAAGCUUACCACUUGAAAAAAAUCUAAAUGAGAGAAUUAAGGGGUGUAGGGUCAUGAUCGUAUAGAUACAGAUUAUUUUUCAGGAAGACUGAAACAUAAACAAGUUCAGAUUCGGAGAGUAAUUUAUGUAGAAUGUUUACCAGUUUCUCAAGUCCUGUUGACAACCUUGUACGAUCAACCUAAUUGAUCAGGGCAUUGGAAUACAUUUAUUACUGUUAUGUAAUGAUUUAUUUUCACUAUCACUUCUAGAGUCCAAAGAUUAUUUUUCUGGACACCUGGUAACAUGACAAAUCCUGAACCAUCUUUCUUAAGUUUGAAGGCAAUUAUUGAGAAUUCCAAAAUGAAGGUGAGCUUUUUGUCACAAGCUACUAAAAGUUGAAUGGGUUACAGGUUUAAUUUUCCCAUUGAGUAAAUAAUAUAAUGGUCAAGAAAUAAUGGCUUCAGUAGAUUUCCAACCUUAAUGUGAUGGUUUUCAGCUGUUUUUAUUGCAUAAUAUUUUGGAUCAGUUCACAAUUCCUAUUUAAAAAGGUUUGGAAAACCAUCUACCUGACUACAGAUUUUGAGAAGGAGGGGAUGUUGGGUGGGGGAGGGGGGUGGUGUGUGGAAGGGAUUGUAGAGGAACUAUUAUCUACUCUCUCAACCCUAUCAUCCCAAGGCCAGGUGUAUUUAUCAUUUAAGUUCAUCUAAACUGUCCUGUUGAGCACUUUUGAUUUUUUUUAAAUUCAGAAUUUCCCAUCUUUUCUAGGAACUAUUUAGAGGCAGGUAUUUCUAAGUCUUGUCUUAAAUUACUCAUCUUCUGUCUUUUGUCAGGGGUACAUGACAAGUAACCCUCCCAUAAUCCAAUCAUCUAAUCUGAACAUCUGCCAUUAUCUUAAAAAGAGCAGAAAAAAAUAUCAUUAUUAUUAUUAUUAUUAUUAUUUGUUUAUACAAAACAAAUAAGAAGUAUUUUUCAUGUGCAUUGAUUGGUUUGUUUAAAAAUGAAUAGCAAUUAAGUACCAUUCACCGGGUGGCUGAGGAGGCAAAAUCAUGCAUCAAGAUCAGUUUAAUUUCUGACCAUUUUUUAGUAUUUUGAAAGAAAUAAAGCAAUUUUUUGGCAUCUGCGUGGUAUAUACUAAAACAAUUAUUCACCUCAGUGUUGGUGAAAGUAGUAAAUGUUUACCUUGCUGCUUCAUAACCUGGCAAAUAUCCACCUCAAUCACCUCCACUUUAGUGAAUAAUUGUUUAUCACUGGUGUUAUACUGUAUUUGUUUUGUUGUACAUCCCUGAUUUUGUUCAUCCCUGUUGUCAUCAUCACUAUCAUUAUCAAUAACAUUGUUAUUAUCAUUAUUAUCUUUAUUAUUAGUAUUAAUAUGAUAAAUAUUAUUGUCAUUAUUGAAAUCAUUACUGGUAAGGUUAUCAUUUUUGCAGUGUGCAGCUUAGUGAUGUUGCUGUUUGGAUAUUGUGAUUACACUAUGAUUGUUUUCUAACAUACAUUCAUACAUAACACACAUAUAAUAGACAUACUUUUGAAGGAAUUAACAUCUACUGAUUUUUUUUUUGUCGCUUACAGAAAACUGUAGUGGCUGUAUUAGACCAGAUGGUGAACCCUCAUUGGCCAUAUCUUCCAAAACGCCAAGAAAACUAUGAAACUGAAGAAGAGAGGGAGGCAGUUGAGGGAGUCUGGAAAACAAUUUCAGAUGAUCCAUUAAACUAUCAUUUUUAUUAUCAUAUUUUGGAUGGUGAUGAGGGAGGACGACCCCCAAAGAUUAUGACUUCAGAUGGACGCAAGCAGAUAGAAAACAAAUAUUUUAACUGGAGAGACAAGUCUUGUUUACAUGCCAUAGCAAAGAGCAACAACAAAGUAAGUUUAAACUAGAAAAAAAUUUCUGGUAAAUGCUAAGCAAUUGUAGCUGAAUUUAAAUAUGAAGUAUGCCACUUAAGAUAUUUAGAAAGAGUAGAAACAUUUAGAUUUAUCUGUUGAUGUUACAUAGAGCUGCGGGAGUUUGAUUCUUAGAUCACUCUUGACUCAUGCUUUGGACAGAAAUCAGCUCUUGAUUUUCAUCAUGUUAGGAAGCUUUGCAGCAUCCUGUGGUCAGAAUGUUGAUUAGAACAAAAUGGAAAAGCUAUGGACACUUGUUUCUCAGGUAAAUGAGUUGUGUUUGCAGGUUCCAAUAUUGCAAAUUUUAGAAAUAAGGGUAUCAUAUUUAUUUAAUUAUAUAGAUAUUGAAUUUAAUAUUGAUGUAACUCUAAGUAUGGGCGAUAAAGACAGAAUUUAUUGAGUUUUUCUUUGGCACUUAACACACAUUAUUCACUAGUGAAAGCACUUCUAUGCAACAUGAUUCAGUCUUAUGGCAAUUUCUUUUGGGACAGUGUCAAUACAUGCAUACUGUCCAAAUUUAAGCCUUUGAUUUCUCAAAGGUUUAUCACAAAAAUAUUAGACAGGUUACCAAGAACUUAAUGUUUUAUAUCUUCAUUUGAAUUUCUAAUCCUGUGCCCUUUCUUCAUUUUGCUCCUGCAAAGAGUUAUCAUAAUUUCUUUUUCUUUUCUGUAGCCUCCAAGCAGCAUUGUUUUGCAUCUUCCUACUGUCCAUGUCAUAUUCUCUGCUGCAUGCCUCUACCAAACUGGACCCCAUCCGUUACAACGGUGCGCUGGACUCAGUGCGUGGAUUUUGUGAGGUUGUCACUCUACUCAUGGUUGUGUUUUACAUCUGUGAGGAAAUAAAUCAGAUAAGGAUGUAAGUAAUUAUGGGGAUCAAGGGUUACUGUGGAAAUUUCAUCAAAACCUUCCAUUUGACCCCAUAUCGCAAUUGAUGACCCCACAUUUGAAGAGGAGCAUAGUUGUGAAAUUGUUCGAUUUCUUUCAGAGAGGGGCGCUCUUAUUUCUCAGAGUGGAUGACCUUGUUUGACUGGUUAGGCCUGCUGUUGAUAUUGUGUAUAGUACCGUUACGAUACAUGGAUCAUGAAGCACAGUGGAUGGUGACAUCUCUGGCCUUCUUGUUCAACUUCCUGAGGAUAUUUAAAUUUUCGUGUGUAUCAAGGUAACACAGAACUCCCAAUUGAUUACUGUAGAGCACAAAGAUGACUUAAAACUCCUCCCUUCGUUAGUUUAACCUAAACUUACGUUUUUCAUAGGACUAUACUACGGGAUUAUACACGCAAACCUUGGCAAAGAUCAUUUUACACGACGUCACAAGAUCCAUGGCAGUUUUUAUUGUGAUCUUUUUCUCCUUCUGUGGUGCCUUGACUUUAUCACUUUGUUACUCCGGAACUAGUGAGAACCUAGAACUUCGGUGCGUCUCUGUUGAGUGUAUCUCCUUAACAAAGCUAUGAAGUUGUUUUGGAAAAAACUAAUUCAGGGUAUCGUUUGCUACAAGUCAGUAAAAUAUGAAAUAAUUUCCAUUGGAAUUUGUUUAAUUUGAUCUGCUCUUUACUAGCUAGAUUUUUUGUUUACUCAAACUGUUCUCAUCCUUUCUGGCAAAAGUAAUUUACUGAUCGCGGGAAUUUGGAUGUUGAAUAUACCGCGUGAGAAGUGCAAAGAAACCCAACAUACUAAUUUUAAUUUUUGGUUUUGCCUUUAGUGGUUUUGGAGACGUCUUGAUGAGCGGGUUUCGAGCGCUGUCCGAGCAGUAUCCAAUGGCGCAAAAUUACUCACCUUUCAAGUACGUCACACUAAUCUUUGAAGUUAUUGCUGAGCUUCUCUUUGCGCGUAACGACUGUUACGAUUUGAGUUUUAAAAGCUAGCUCAGGGAAGCUAAGGUCACAAGUCAUAUCAUGUCUGUAAUAAGGGAGCGGUGGUGUUUAGUAAGUCACACAUAUUUUCCUUCAGUAAAUAAGCUUAGCUUUGUGAAUCUUUCUUUCCCGCAGCUGGCUGUCAGUUCUUCUAAUGAUGGCGUAUAUGGGAACAGUGACUGUGAUUCUGCUCAACAUUCUUGUUGCUCAGAUGAGUACGACCUACACACAGGCUAAGAAAGUCGCUCGUCUGGAAUAUGAUGUGGAUCGUAUUUUACAGCUCACGCGCAUGGAGAGAUUUCCUUUUCUGGUGAGUAUCACUUGGUAAUUAGGAUAAAGCCAUUAACAUAUUGACGCUAGGUGUGAUUGCGCAAAUGUGCUGCACGCCUCGUACAAGUGUGAAUGAGGGGGUGGAAGGUGAAGGUCAUUGAUUUAUUAUGCAACAACCUUUCUCUCUCUGUAGAAUUUACGCGUGAAGUAUUACAAAGAGGGAGACUGGAUCAGUGAAAUGAAACUUGCAAAAGGUCGGUAAUGAAAUAAAUGAGACUAGUUAUUAAGACAUACCAUCAGUCACAGGAUGUUGUUAGCUGAAAGGUGGAAUGGCUAUUGGUAAGAAGGACAAAUUUGGCGUGGCUACUAAAAGGAGUGGUGUGGAAACGAAAAGAAGGGCUGCUUAAAUUACAAACCUUCCUUUAAAUUAGCAAGAGCUAUGUAGCUAUUUGAGCGAACAGUCUCUAAUUCAAUUCCUCGUUGGUGGGUGUAGGGAGUCUCGAAAGUAGUAUGUAAAAGCAAAAGAUCUCUUGCUUUCCCAUGCUAUAAAUAAGGUGAUCUUGGUUGUGUUCAUAGAACUUCUGGAAUUUAGUGAAGAUCGCAGUCCUUGGGAUUCGGUUGAAGAGAAACUUAAUGAGAUCAGGUAGGAACAAUUCCCUCAAUUCCUUCGUCAGAACGAAACUAAAUUAGCCACAGCGACAAAUCGGAAGGUGGAUACAAAAAGUAAAAAAAUGGAAAAAUAAAAAAAUAAAAAAUAAAUCAAUUAAAUUUUCCGAAUCGGGGAAACGAUUGUCAUCAAGUCUAUAUCUGUUUGAUUGAGAGGAUAAAGCAAGUUUCCACAACCAAUUAGAGAACAAAGUGAAAGAAAAUUAAUUGAAUAAAUUUCCCGUGGCUCGUUACUAAAUUUUCUUACCCAACCCGCUUUCUUAUUUGUGUAUCAGCGAUUUUCUUUAUUGUGAGUUUCUCAUUUUAGGGAUCUGAUGAGAAAGAUGGUGAAACAGAUGAGGCCUGGACGCGAAUAA